AUGAAUCCAUGGCUGUUGCUUGCAACGCUGAUCACCGUUUGGUUGGCCGAUAGUGCAGCUUACUUUGCGGGCAAAAAAUUUGGUAAGCACAAACUUGCACCCGAAAUUAGCCCCGGCAAAACUUGGGAAGGCGUCGCUGGGGCGCUUUUAGCAGUUACUGUUUAUGGCUUAGCACUUUGCCACACCCUUCAUAUUAGUCGUUGGCUGAUUGCUGGUUUGUGGUUGAUUGUAAUGCUUAGUGUAAUGGGCGAUUUAUUUGAGUCGCUAUUAAAGCGCCAAGCAGGUGUUAAAGAUAGCAGUCAUCUACUACCUGGGCAUGGCGGUUGUUGUUUUACAUUUACUUCCCUCUAUUCGCAAAUAUACAACUUCAUGCAAGAUAACGCACUAGUAAAGCGCCAAUACGUCACGAUAUUGGGUGCUACUGGCACUAUUGGUUUAAAUACCUUAGAUGUCAUUUCACAGCACCCAGAGCGCUUCUCUGUGUUUGCCCUAACUGCUAAUAAUAACGUGAGCGGCAUGCUAACCUUAUGCCAGCAAUAUUUGCCAAAAUACGCAGUGAUGUUGCAAGAGUCAGCAGCACAAAUGCUAGGUGAACAACUUAAAGCUUUGGGCAAUCACACCCAGGUUCUCCAUGGAGAUACUGCAUUAUGUGAAGUUUCCUCUCACUUUGAGGUGGAUAUUGUGAUGGCCGCUAUUGUUGGCGCAGCAGGUUUACAUCCGGCAAUGGCCGCGGCAAGGGCAGGUAAGCGUGUAUUACUCGCAAAUAAAGAAACGCUUGUGAUGGCGGGCAAUUUGUUUAUGCAGGCGGUAGAAGAGGGCGGCGCAACAUUGCUACCUAUUGAUAGUGAACAUAAUGCGAUUUUCCAGGUGAUGCCGCAACACAAACGAAAUACAUUAAGCAGGAUGGGGGUAAAACGUGUACUGCUUACAGCAUCGGGUGGCCCAUUUAGAAAUGCAUCUUUUAAUGAAUUAAAAGCUGUAACUCGUGAGCAAGCAUUGAAUCAUCCAAACUGGGUCAUGGGACCAAAAAUCACUAUUGACUCAGCGACCAUGAUGAAUAAAGGCUUAGAAGUGAUUGAGGCGCACUGGUUGUUUAACGCACUUCCCUCGCAAAUAGAUGUAGUGGUACAUCCGCAAAGUGUUAUUCACUCAAUGGUUGAAUAUAUUGAUGGCAGCGUACUAGCACAACUAGGAAACCCCGACAUGCGCACCCCAAUCGCCUACGGACUUAGCUACCCAGAGCGUUUGCAUAGU